GAGGCAUACUGUAUUUCGCAGACUGGACUGGACAGGACGUUCAUGUUUCACAAGUCCAGUCCAGUCCAGUCCAGUCCAUCAAAUACAGUAUGUCCCGAAAUCAUUGUAAAAACUGCAGGUAGCGCUGUGCUGGUACGUGCUCGGUGCUAAUAUUAUCGCAUACCAAACAAAUACAGUGAAACCUGUAUUAAGUGGACACCCUCGGGGAAUGCUGUAGUGUUCGCCUAAUACAGGUUUCGAUAGCCUGCGUAGCUGGCGGUAUUGUGUACUAGUCGAGUGAUAUUCAAACGCCUCGUCCCCACUCCCUUUUUUGGAUCGCAGCUGCACAUGCUAAGGUUUCGAUAGAUAACGUCAUAUGAGGUGUCAAAUGCCAUUCAAAUGAACAAUGGAAACGUUUAGUAUACUCCCAGAGACUUUGACCAUAUACGUUUGCAUUAGUUUCUUUAUCAAAGUGGACCAAUUGAUCAUAGUACCGUAAACAUAGAUUGCAACUCAAAUUUGAAGAAAUCAGAUGAGUGAAACAAGCUCUAUUCAAACAAAACGAAAUAGAAAACAAUACUGUACUGUGAAACUAAUCAAAUAAGUUCGUCAAUUCACGCUCUUUAAUGUAAAAAUCGGAAAAUUUGUAGGUGGCAGUUCGAGGUAAUCUUUCGCAUUUCCGGUCUCUGGCAUGUUGGGUAGUGGAAUUUGAUUAACAAUAGAAAUGACUAUUUCAGGGACUUUUUAGGUGUCCGCUUAAUAAAGGUUUCAUUUAAAGUAAAUAAGGGAAAUAAAUUUCAGGUUUCACUGUAUUCAGAUCCAGGAGGCACUUUGAAAAAAAUUAAACAACCUGAAACCCUUAUUUAACUGAAAGAAGAGCUUUACGUUUCAAAAGAGGUCAAAGAAACAGCUCUAACAUUGUAGGGCAAAUGUUGCCGACCAGAAUUAGCCUGUGCCAGGCUCUCAAAUGGUGGGGACGUAUUAAAACGAGCAAAGCGUAAAUAAGACGCGCGAGACUUGGAAAAGUAGGCGGUCACGGCGGUGUCUCUCCCCAGUUCUCGCGCGUUUUUCGCAUUUCUUUAAUUUUACCGAACGACUUUUACCACCAUCUCGGAGCCUGGAACAGGCUAACCAGAAUAAACAAUAUCCGCAGUAAAUUAUGCGUGUCACGACCUCUCAGUAUGAAACAAACUUUUGAUCGACACAUCUCAAUAAUGUUCGACUAGCCAAGCCAAUCAGACGCCCCGCUCGCUGGCGAGCGGGUUUUCAAAAUCCCGGGAUCUGUCUGCUAGCAUUCCCUUCCUUUCCCUCCCCUCCCCCUCCCCUGUUUCAUUUUUUGGCUCUCGUUCUAUUUUUCGCGCGGCCAAAACCGAAAAUCCCGUUCCUCGUCGUUUCUCGGUCUUUCUCUUCUCCGAAACCAAACGGAAACGCUUGCCACGCAACCGGCGGUGUAAGCGCCAGGAAUCUCAUGCUUUUAUAUAUGUUCGACGCGUUUGUUCUUUUCGUGUUCGCGCCUGUAGUGUAGUUUUCUAGUUCAUUAGUUGUUCAUUGUUCGCGUACCCUGUUCUUCGUGUUAGGUUUUUGCAUAUCGUAUAUUUAGCUUUGACUGUAAUUUUCGCGUUAGUUCUUCGUUGUACUUAGUCCAGUUUACAAUUGAGUGUUUGGGUCUUUGCUCGUCCUAGUACUUCGUCCUUAUUUCGCUAUCAUCUUGUAAGUACCUCGUUUGUUUCAUUCGCAUUUCCAGUUUGCGUUAUUGCUUUCGUUCAGUUUGUAGGUUAUUUUAUUUUGAAUUUGUAUUUGUUUAAUUGCCAAUUUUCAGUACCGCUAUUCUUCACAUCGCUUAGCUUUGUUUCGCAUCGAUUCGGUUCGUCUUGCUUCGGUUCGCUUGUUUCACCAGUUGAGAGAAGCUCUUGAAAUACAGUUUGUGUGUUGGAAAACUAUAGCGCGUAAAGGCUGCGACCAUAAGAGGGCUUAAGUUCCCGCGCUUCGACUCUCUGUAUUUCAUCGGGAGGGGACGGGGCAAUUAUAACACGGUUUUUCUAAUACGUGGGGAAAGGUGGUUAGGUAGUUUUUUUUCAUCUGCGUGGGAAAAGGAAGUGUAAGGGUGGAAUUUUUAACUCGUGUUUCUAUCCGAAACGAAAUAAAAUAUCCCAAUGUGAAAUAUCCGAACUCGAAACUGUAAAAUAUAGAACAUAUUGAAUUACAGUGGCACGUUAGUGUAUGUAUUGCCGCAGUUUGGGUAUGAAAUAAGGUCAGGAUUUGGAGAACCGGGCGGCAUACCCCCCACCAAGAAUCCCCAGUAUUCAUUCACCUCUGACAAGUCCCUUUAAUUCUGUCGUGUUGCAGAGACGUGUUGCACAAACAACAUCAUUAAAAAAUGAAGUCUUCGGUGAGUAGUUUUUUUUCUUAUCUGGCUCACUAACAUGACAAUGUAGUUUCGCAUUCGCAUGAAAAUGGACAGAAACACGUGUCAAAAAUCCCACCCUCACACUCCCUCUUAGAUGAAAAAAUCUAUCUAACUACCCUUCCCCACGUAGGUAGUUAAGACUCUAUAUAAGACUCGCAAGUACAGGUGUUAAAGUAUAUACUCAAAAACAACCAAUAUUUUGAAUUAUUUUGAGUGUUAUUUUAUUUACGCAAAAGUGUGCAAGGUUUAUUAUCUGUUUGUUUUGGUUGAAAGUUUUCGAAAACGCACGUGACAGCCGUAAAGUGAUUUUAAGAGUAAGAUCUAUCUUUUGUUGAAAUCUGUCUUUUGUUCAUACUAAUUUGACGCGCUGGUAAAACGAAGGAUACGUACCGUUGGCCUUAAUUGACUUUUACUUGACCAAACAAAACCUUUCCAGAAAAAAAAGGUUCGCCUGGAACAUACUCUUUUUAUUAGUCUUUUUCGUUUUCAAGAUCUUAUGUGAGUUGGCUUGCGUUUUAGUGACAGAAACCUUGUGCAUCGAAAUCUCCUGAUCAAAUCAUUUAGUUAUACUUCAUUAAGUGCAGUCGGUCCCCGAACAAUUGUUUGACACUGGCUGUCAGGUGAACACUUUUUGUUGGAUAAUCCGUGUAAUCAUAUUUAUACGCUAAUUAGUUUUAUUGCAAAGCUCGCAAACAACUUUGAGUUAAUAUAUUGAAAAGGCGGGACAAAUUAGUGAUCAUUAGUAUUGUUAGUUAUUCCUACAAGAAGACUUUAAACGACAACUUAUGUAAUGUACAAAAGUUGAUUAGUUGUACUUUUUGAAGUAACGAUAGUGAGAAUCAUCGAUUUAUAUAUAUCAAUACAUUAUAUGUGAUCUUUAUAUCUCUCUGCCUUAUUUUGUUUUGACUGGACAUUAACUGGACUGAAUUGAAUUUUAUAGUCAAAGCUGAUUUUCGGUUACGCCAUAACUUCGAAGGAAAAUAUGAUAAUAUUCCUUACAGCCAAUCGGGUUUUUACUGAUGUAAGACUAAAUUUCAAAUGAUUAGGAUUGGCACCUGUCAUGUCCAGUCAGGAUAAAAGGAGCUAUAACAGGCUUUUGUCAGGAGAGAUAGAAAAAGCUAGUGUGAGAUUAAGCUGACUUGUAACAACGCUGAAGCUUUAGAAGAAAUACAAAGUUUGCUGAGUUAUCAAAGUACGUGUGUCUUUUCUGUGAAGUCGGCCCGGAGCUAGUCCCCUUCAACUGGGUUCGGACUUUUCACACUUGUCAGUUACAUAUAUGAAGUAUCAUGGCGCUAGAACUGUUGUUUACAAAUUCAUUUGCGACUUAAUUAUUAUGGUUUUAUAAAUAUUAGUGUUAAUUAUUAUUUAAACAGCCCGCCAUGGUUUCAAGAUUUGUGAUCGCCAUCGUCGCUCUGAGUUUGAUUUCCUUUGGAAGUGGAUAUUUAGUCAAGCGUGAGUCUGGAGUCAGCAAAGUAAUGCGGUGCAUUACAAAAGCGUUUCAAAAUUCAUAUAAGGACAAGGUUAAAGGAAGCGGAAAUGCCCACUCAAUGUGCUAUUUAUAUAAGGUAAGUUCACUCAUCUUGAAGUGCCCAAAGAAGAUUUUUUCAAUACUCAAGUGAUAAGGGUCACGAGAGGGGAAAGAAUUGACAUAGAACUUUCAGGCUGCGUUACAAGGAAUCCUGACAACAUAAAUAAAACGAAAGUGAAGCCAGAGAAGGCAAGAGACUGAAAAAUAGCGAAAUAUAAGAUCAGCAAAAAUUAUGUCGACGUCAGGGAAAAUUCCUGGAAUAGUCAGUAAAUUUGUUUUCCUUUUAAGAAUAUUAGCCCUGAGUGUAACUUUUAGCUCCUUCCUUACUUGUCACAGUGGAUGGAUCCAUGCCUUAUCAACCUUGAGCAAGUUGUACAUCCGGGAACAGUGCCUUUGCUGGACACUAUGACAUUUGCCUUUUGGCAGGAACUCACUCUUGUUCACAAAAUGGGCCUUUGCCUGGACUUAUCGCCUGAUGAGCUGAAAAAUUACGCUUUGAAAUCAGGUAACUGAUCAUUGUUUUAAAACAAUCUACAAUAACCUUUGUUAUACAACGUUCAGUGGUAUCCUACCAAAAGCGAAAACGGAAUCGUCUUUGCAGCUGCCUCAACUUCUUCCACUAAAAGGUCGGCGGGAUGGGUCACGGGCACAUUUUCAAAAGAACAAACGCUGACCAGAGUGCGUUCCCCCAAUUUAGUACUAACGGAGGUUAAUUUUGCCAUUAAACGCCGGACCAACCGAACGAAAAGAUAAUUUUUUGUUGGCAAACUCUCAUCUUUCCCGUAUAUUGCGGUAACGUCUGAGCCAGAUCAACUUUAAACAUCCCUAAGUCCGUUCUAUACACGUGGCAAAAUUUUGUCUCAUGAAUUUAUUCAUUGUCAGUUGUCCAGCCACCUUAAAAGACCUUGCUUACUUUACAAGCUCUUCUAGAAUGAUUUGUUGACUCGGCAGUGCUGAGAGCUUUUUUAUGAUGUGUCGCCUGGGAAUAAGACGGAAAAAGCUCCUGAGCUAUUUAUCUUAAAACAGUUUUUACUGAUCAGGUAUCUCGUUCAAUUUGUCUAACAUUUAUUGUCGUUUACGGUUUUAGGUAUACUGACCACAACUGGCAGCUUGCGCAGCAUUGGUGUGUAUUUAUAUCUAAGUAUUAACCUUAACCGUGAAACCCCCCAGAAAUAUAAAAAACACACUGCGUGUAUUUUCAUAACAGACCAGCAGCAACAUUGUGAUCAACUCAGGCACUUAAGGCACGACUAUCUGAUUAAAUAUGCGUAUUUUGAUAAAAUGCAAUUUAGAACGGUUUGCUUCAAUCUAUCAAUGAUCUUGAAAAUUGGACAACUAAUGUAUCUUAAUGGCCUUAGCAAUAUGAGACAUUUUAGAAGCUUCGUCACGUGACUUAUAAUUGAGAAUUAACGGUCACAAUAUUUACUCUAAAAUGUGGAAUGGAUAAUGAAAGAGCAACAAUUUCUUUUAGGUACACUUUUAGAGGCUAUUAAUAAGGUUCUGAAAAUUCGCCUUGUAUGUGUGUUGACGUUACACAGGAAUCGGUAAAUAAAGGGAAAAGUGUCACGUGACUUGUUAAUUAGUUAAAUAGCUAAUAGGAUAAACAACAUUUACAAUCAUACAAGGCGAAUUUACAAUUUACUGUUUGUGUAACAGUUUGGUGGUGAAAAUUCGUAAGAUUAAGAUUUGCAACCCUUCCCCGUUUAGGAAAACGUGUUUUGUGACGUCACUGACGAAGCAAUGUCACGCGUUAUUUGAAAUCACGUUUUACCUGUUUUUUGCAUUAAGCCAAAUUUGCAGUUCACUUUUCAGGAUCACUGAUGGGAGCAAACCGGUUUAAAUAGCACUUUACGACAAAGUAUGCAUAUUUAAUUAGGUAGUCUUGCCUUAAGUGCAAGGUAGAUGCUGGUAGCUACCAGGAACUCUUAUCGAUUUGUUGAUGUUGCCGGCAACUAUCCUCGGAAGAUGUCCUCGACAACAUUUGUUUCAAACGUAUUGGUGAAUAACAUCAACUGCAGUUUGUCUGUCAUAUCUUUAUUUCCCUCUCAGUAAUUUUUUCCUUGAUAUCACUUUUAAUCAUUGCACGUUUGUCGGAUUGGUUAAUCCAUUUCUCAUCCAUUCCGCGCGUCAAAAAACUCUCCUAUAUACAGGCACAAAAGACUGACAUGAAAGCCGAAGAGAAGCUCUAUACUUCACUUCCCUUGCUUUAAUUAUACUUCCUUCGAGAGAUUUAAAUAGAUACAGGAAAUUUAUAUUUCUCGGUGUUUUAAAAAGGCAAUAACGAAAAUGGGUGGUCAGAUGUUUUAUAAGUAAAAAAACGCGCGUCAACAUCAAGUGAUGACAGUGCUUUGCGUCGAAAACCUAAUUUUAAUAUUACCUGAAUAACAAGGACAUGGUCUCCUUAGUUGAGUCCUUUUGUUGUUAACAGUCGGAACGUUUCAGUUGCCCAGCACCCAGUGAUAAUAAAAGAAUGUGGCGGGACAACACCCAAAUUGAUGGGCACUGUCUAAAUUCAACCGAGCAAUAACUAUCCGUUAUGACCCCAUGGCACCGCGGUCUACCCCAAUCAGUAAGGUUAUCUCCUUACCGGUAACUGUUGCUGUUGAAUAUUGGAGUUGAUAGAAUGUAAGGCUGGGGAGUGUUCACGAAGUGGGAAGCUCUCCGCGUUUUCGCGCACCGCAUAGCCCUGGCUACCUACGCCCAACCUUGGACAAGACUGGUUCGUGGCUAUGUCGACCCAUGACACCCGUCCACAAAGCCAUGCGACGUACUUGCCGAGUACAAGCAGUCACCCGCCAAGUAAAAAAACCUGCAGAUUCUCAGGGCUAUCACGAACAAGGUUCAGCACACUGCAUUGGUUUACGCUAAUGGGCUAAGCAAAAACAUCCACACGUCUGGCGUAUAAGGGGAACAUCAAGAAGACACAAGGACCAGCUCAGAGUAUGACGAACCCCUCAAAUGUACCAAUAGGAAAGUAAUAAGAAGCAAAGGUGAGAAGAUGCGUAGAUUACUGGAGCACUAAUUUGAUCUCUACUCCAGAGAGAACAAAAUGUCCCACUCAGUGUCCCACUUUAAUUAAAUAAGCUGUUGCCGAAUCUGUGCUUAUUUUAUAUGCGUUCAAGCUUCAUCUAACGUGUGACUUUUUAAGAGCACACAUUUUCACAAUAGCUCAAUCUAAAUAAUUGAAAAGCAUUUACAACUCUAGUACUAACGAAGGACAGCGCCAGGAAGGCCAGGGCUCAGCAAAACAUCCACACGUCCGGCGUAUAAGGAAACAUCAAGAAGACACAAGGACCAGCUCAGACCAUGAUGAGCCCCUCAAAUGCGACAAUGGGGAAGUAAUAACAAGCAAAGGGCAGAAGAUUCGUAGAUGACUGGAUCAGUCCCACUCAGCCAUUGACACGAUCGACUGCCUGCCGAACAUGGAUGAGCUAGACGCUGGAGCCGACUGUUAAAGCUCUGCUUUAGGCCGUCAACAGCAUGGCCUCAGGCAAAACUACAGGCACCGAUGAGAUACCCUACUGCUUCCUCUGCAUAGUGCCGCAAGACUUCAGGGACGCGAAGAUCAUAACCCUCAAUAAUAACGGCAACAAAUGCAAAGGCAUCUCCUUUCUCGUCAUCGCCGAAAAAGUAUUUGCUUGGAUCAUCUUGAUCUGCCUACAGAUCAUGAUCAUCAGUCUGAGAAUGAAGAACGUCCUCCGUCAUGUCGGUGGCAUCAUCGGUUAUCGUCCAUCAGUUCAAAUACUUUCUCUCUACGAGAUCGAAUGGAGGAUCAACCCAGGAUGACGGUAAAAGGGAUGGCAGUGUACAAAGCCUGUGUCAUCAGCACAUUGCUAUACAACAGAUAGACGUGGAUCACACCAUAAAGUUAAAAGACUCAACACUCUCUACCUCAGAAGCAUCCAGCCACCUUGGAGCACAAAUCUGGUGAGACAAAGUGUUCGACAUCGAGGUCCUUUCCCGCGUUGGCCUUUCUAGCAUUUACACACCCUACUCCGACUACACAGGCUGCGCUAGCGGUUUCCAAGACAGAGCAAGAGAAAGCACUCGACAUGGAUACUCAGUCCUGGCGCCAAUUGAACGCACGAGGUGAAGUGCUCUUUAUCGACAACUCAAGGCGCAGGAAGAGAAGGAAAGCAGCGGCGGACGAGCAGGCACCAGAAAGGAACUCCAAAAGACCUGAAAUUCUUGACAGACGUAUCCAUUGCCACAGAGAUUGUCACUUCUAUAGUAGUCUCUUUAACUACAUGACGCAUUUUUCUAAAGGGAGAAAGCCCGUAAAAAUAGCAUGGAUCACUUAUUGUCGACCCUGACCAGCGGAAUGCAAAGCCAGUAUUCGAUUCCUCGAUAAAUAAACAAUCAGCAAAGCCCACCACAAAAGUCUCGUAUUUUGGAAGCAUAUCUUUUCAAAAACUGUUUUCUUUUCUCUUUUACAUAUGAUCUUGUAAUUCCCUUUCACCUUAGAUAAAUACUGUAAAUAGUUUUCUAUCAGGACUAUGUGAAUCUCCAUAAUUCCCUCAGAAAAAAACUUUCAAAGUUCUCUCUUGCCUUUGCGUUGCCCCUUUUAAUCCUUUAAUAAUUUUUUUGCACGCAUUAGACAUAACUUUAAUGAAAUAAGAUAUUGCCGAAUCUGUGCUUAUUUUAUAUGCGUUCAAGCUUCAUCUAAUGUGUGGCUUUUAAGGGCACACAUUUUCACAAUAAGAUACAAUAGCUCAAUCUAAAUAAUUGAAAAGCAAAACAUUCCUGCAUUUACAACUGUGGUACUAACGAAGGACAGCGCCAGGAAGGCCAAAUUUUCCUCCCCGUUUCAGAGGUUUCGAACCACAGAAUGCUGAAGGUUUUGGCUCCUCAAGUUGCCUUGGUUUCCUAAGCACCCGCCACGAUUUUACUUAAGAACUGUAAAAUCUCGACCAUAAAAAAAGGUGGUAGCCAAAGUUCUCAUAAACGAAGACGUAUUCAUUCAGAGAGCGUUAUUUUCGCAAUAAAAAAAAAUAAAAUAAAAAAAUAACGAUAAUAAAAGCAGUAAAACUCAUUGAGAGAAAUGUUCAUGGAAGUCUCACAAAGCUGUCUGUCAUCUUUGGCAAUUCGGCAUGAUCAGUCAGUGGAUUAACCAAUCAGAUAAAGUUUCCUCUGUUAUUGACCAUUUGAUCCUUUCCAAUUUUUUCUUUGUUAAUCAUACAGAGGAGGACGACAUGAACCCGUGCGCUCAAGAAGCCCUCUUAAAUUGUACAGGUUUUGGGAAAAAGAACUGGCCUACCUCCCUCGCAAGUUUGUUUGACGCGUAUUUCGCAUGCCUGGAAAAAACGGCCACAACCUGUAAUGCCCCCAUCUGGCAACACCUUAUUAUCACCUAUGAAGCUUUGAAGGAGGAACUUAACAAGAACCGUGGGAAAUUCAACCAGCUCUCACUGAACGUAACGCAGAAUCCUGAAGAUGUUGUCCAAGUUUAUUCUGAAAAAAUCCAAAACGAAAAUUGA